AGAAGAAGACCCGCACACAAAACAAAACAAAGCAAGAAAGAAGCUGGAAUAUAUUAAUUUUUAUUAUUAUUGCAACCGCAAACAACAUAAUUACAAAUGCUCAGGUGUGCCGUAUCGUUGCUGCUACUGCUUUCCUAUGUGGCGCUAUCGCAACCCGUUACUGUGGACUGCAACGAGCUACUAAUGGGACAAUUUAUGUGCCCCGAUCCCGAUCCCUCGAAGAAUCAUAUAGACCCCAAGACACAGCAACUGCGCGGUUGCACAAAGGAGAAUCGAGCGCGUGUGUGGUGCAUAGCCGCCAAUGAGAUCAACUGCACCGAAACUGGCAACUCAACCUUCACGCGGGAAAUGCCCUGCAAAUGGACAAAUGGCUACCACUUGGACACCACGUUGUUGCUCUCCGUCUUCCUCGGCAUGUUUGGUGUGGAUCGUUUCUACUUGGGCUAUCCGGGCAUUGGACUGCUGAAGUUCUGCACGUUGGGUGGCAUGUUCCUUGGCCAGUUGAUUGACAUAAUACUGAUAGCGCUGCAGGUGGUGGGACCUGCCGACGGAUCUGCCUAUGUUAUACCGUACUACGGAGCCGGCAUAAACAUUGUACGUAGUGACAAUACCACGUUCCGGUACUGCAAUCAGCUUUAUUGCAUGCAACAAUGAAUCACUCACAUGUGGGAUAAAAAAUAGAACAGCGAUCCGAAUUAGUGAUGAUAGAAGACGUUAGGUCAAUGCUAUAUACAUGGAAAGUAGCUUACUAUACAAAGCAACGACUGUUAAACUUAUGGUAGACAUAUUAUUAUUAAGUUUAGCUAUAUCAAUAGCCAAUAAGUUCAAAGAUUGUUGUAAAUUAAAUUUAAACUAAGUUAUCUAGUGUAUAAAACCCAUGUAAAUACGCACGUAAUCAAAUUGUUGCCAAUAGAACAAAGAAUUUUAAACAAUAA